AGGGCUCUCUCCUCCUACACUAAAUUAGGGUUUAGAAAGGGCAAAAUUCGGUAGGGAUUGUGUUGUGAUUUAGAGGUUCUAGCCAUAAUUGUACUGAGUAACUAGUGUUGAAAGAGACACCAAUUGGGAUUCUGUUCAAUUUUUUUUGUGAUCACCAAUGUCUGGGAAUAACGACUUCAAUAAUGCACUAAAGCCUCAAAGCUCUCUGCCUUCACCUUUUGGAACGUUUGCUCACUCACACAUGGCGCCGCCUAACUUUCAACCUCAGUUUCAGCUCUCUCAAGGCCAAGGGAUUGGUGCUUUGGGUUCAUCUCCUGGAAGUUCCACUUUCAAUUUUAAAAGGUUCCCACCACCUAGACCGCCCGUUGGAGGACCUCCUGGUGUUGGUGUUCUUCCUAGUAGUCUAGAGUUGACUCCAGCUUCCCGGAAAAAGAAACACAACAAGUCCUUGCAGGAGCGCGUUGCAGCCGUCUUGCCCGAGUCUGCUCUCUACACACAGCUUCUUGAGUUCGAGUCUCGGGUUGAUGCAGCUCUCUUUAGAAAGAAAGUUGACAUCCAAGACUCCCUUAAAAACCCUCCCUCCAUACUCAAAACCCUUAGGAUCUACGUUUUCAACACCUUUUCUAACCAGAUCCCUGGGAAUGACCCGCCCACUUGGACUCUUAAGAUUUUCGGCAGGAUCCUGGAUCCUGACCACGCUGGUGGAUUAGUUCAGAGUUCAAACCCUCUUUAUCCCAAGUUCUCGUCUUUCUUAAAAACGCUAAAGAUAUCCCUGGACGAGAGCCUGUAUCCUGAGAACCAUCUGAUUGAAUGGGAGAAUGCUCGAUCCCCUGCUCCUCAGGAAGGGUUUGAGAUCAAGAGGAUAGGGUGUCAGGAAUUUGCAGCUAAGAUACUGUUGGAGAUGAAUUACGUCCCUGAAAAAUUCAAGACUUCUCCUGCUUUGAUGCAAGUUUUGGGCAUUGAGGUUGACACUCGCCCAAGGAUCAUUGCGGCAAUCUGGCAUUACGUGAAAGCCAGGAAACUGCAAAACCCUAACGACCCUUCUUUCUUUAACUGUGAUGCUGCUCUCCACAGAGUUUUUGGGGAAGAGAAGAUGAAAUUCACUAUGCUCUCUCAUAAGAUAUCUCAGCACCUAUCACCUCCGCCUCCCAUUUCUCUUGUACACAAGAUCAAGCUUUCGGGGAACAAUCCAGCCAUCUCAGCAUGUUACGAUGUGCUAGUGGACAUACCGCUACCGGUCCAUAGGGAGCUUUCCAAUCUGCUGGCUAAUGCAGAGAAGAACAAAGAGAUUGAGGCAUGUGAUGAAGCCAUAUGCGGAGCCUUAAGGAAAAUCCACGAGCACAGAAGGAGACGAGCGUUUUUCUUGGGGUUUAGCCAGUCACCGGUGGAAUUCACCAAUGCCUUAAUCGAAUCUCAGACCAAAGAUCUGAAGCUUGUAGCAGGAGAAGCAAGACGAAACGCUGAGAAAGAAGGGCGAUCAGAGUUCUUCAACCAGCCAUGGGUGGAAGAUGCUGCCAUACGUUACUUGAACCGGAAGCCAGCAGGCGGAUAAGAUGGGCCAAGAAGUUCAUGAAUUCAUUACUUUUAACUACAAGUCAGGUCCAGAUGCUGCCAUACGGUCCUUGAGGUUUUUUUCUAAGUGAAGCAUUGUUACUCAAGCUUCAAGAGUUUUUUUUUUUACUUUGGUUUGUAGCUCGUGCAUCAUAUGCGACAAAAUAUAAGAAAGAUAAAUAUUUGAC